GGCUCGGGUCAGGAGAAUGACGCCGGGAAUGACAUUCUCGUCAAUUCCAACGAUUCCAACAAAGAGACCGAGGAACAGAAACAAAUGACUAAUAAUAAUGAGAUUGUCAUUAAAAAAGAGUUGAUUGAAACGAGUGGUGGUCCCUCUCAGUCCUGCCAAUGGGGUGUUGAGUCCCAGUCCCAGUCCCAGUCCAACAACAUUAAUGUCAAGACCGAACAGGACAACACAUUCUCCGCUUCUAAUGCUAUCGAACAGGAGUUCACUUCUGAGACAUCGAAUGCUAUGGAAGUGAUGGAAACUGAAGAAACAAAGACAUCAAUCGUAAACAAUAAUAUUGAUUUGAAUGAAUCAAAUUUAAUGAGUGAAACCAAUGAAAGCGAUAGCAACGAAGAGUCUAUUCAUAACAAACAAAAUGCUUUACUUAAACAACUCCUACAGAACUGUCCGUCGGCUGACUCUCAGAGCAAAGCCAUUGAG